CCAGACAGCCCUUACAUUAACAUGGGGCCUCUAUUCAUUGGCCAGACUGUUAUAUUUGUUAUUAAAGAGCCAAAGGUGAAGCAGAUGUUUCUGAGUUUGAGGACCAGCCCCCGGGUGGUAUUAUUGGGGGCCCGUAAAUGGAAGACAUUACUGAGUCGGCAGGGGGUGUUGAACUAUUGCCAAGCUGUCGUCAGUGACCCUGGUCCAGAGAAAGUUGGUGAGCGACCUGACCAUGAUGACCCCUCAGACAGCCUCCAUGCUGCAACGCCACCCCGUCCACCUCUCAUUGCUGCUCCAGCAAAAACCUACUUGGUUAAAGAGACCUAUACCCUCCUGAGAUGACAGGGAGUUUGUAGCAGGACAGUCUCACUGAAAAAUCUACCAUUAUAACACAAGGGAGGGAAUCCUGACAUUAUCAUUUCAAAAAUGGAAUCAUUUCAAAAUCCUUACGGGGCCACGCUCAACCGCAGCCAAUCGCUGAUGAGUGGCCUGGAGAAGACCCCUCCCACCUGCAACAAGCCCACCCACUCUCGGAGCAGUAGCACUGCCUCCUCCCGUCACUCCCGGAACAUUAAAGAUUGGGAGGUGAUGGACGACCUUCAGGUGGACGUGACGUCAGGUGACAACCCCCAGGACCUGACCAUCCCAGGCAUCUGUGAAGGAUACCUCCUCAAGAGGAGAAAAUGGCCCCUGAAAGGCUGGCACAAGAGGUACUUUGUGUUGGAAACAGGGAUCUUACGAUAUUCCAAAACCCAACAAGAUAUCACAAGGGGAAAGCUCCAUGGUUCAUUAGAUGUCAGCCUUGCAGUCAUGUCAAUCAACAAGAAAUCCAAUCGUAUCAAUUUGGAUGCAGGAGACAUUCUAUAUCACAUGAAGGCCAAGAGUCAUGAACUGUUCUACAUCUGGGUGACCAAGCUGAGUGCCCACCGCAUGUUCAAGAAGAACGAGGCUGCUCAAGUGCACAAUGGCUUCCUCCAGGCCUUGUCCCAGGGCACCAGUGUGGCUGGACUAGCACAGAGGAACGGCAUGCAGGACGUGUCUUCCUACCAACACUACCAAAGCACUACAGGCUCUUACAUGGGUGAGACAGCUGCACCAACACUGUCAGAGUUUCCCUCGGUCAACCCUGGGGUGAAUGGGAAGGUGUCAGCCUGGUUACAACAGACUCAUGACCCAGACAGCUGUGCUGAAGAGCUGAACCGUUGUCAGUUGGACCUGUCUGAGCUGAACCGGCUGGUCCAGAGGCUGCAGUCACUGGAGGGGGGGCAGCAAGCCUUCACCAAUGGAGAGCUGCAGCGCAUCAUCAGCAUGCAGAAUCUUUCCCUUGAGAAACCCAAGAAGUCCAGGUCUGGCAAGAUAUGGGGUCACUCACGCACAAUGUCAAGGGUGGAGGCCCUCGGAAUGGUAAGACAGCCUUUUCGUGGGAUUACAAAAUCGCUGUCCUCCAGUCACCUGAACAGCUCUUCCCAACUGGGUGCGUCUGUCCCCUCCCUCUCAGACUAUGUACCCUCCAUCCCAGACUACGUCUGCUCCCAGCUGUCCCCUCCCACCAACACCUCCGCUGAAGGCAAGAAGAUCCAGCAGGACAUCUGUACUUUGUCCCAAAGAGUGCACACGUCCCUCAAGUCUGUGCAUGAGGCCUUGGCCCAGGAGCGUCAGAGACUGCAGGACACUUACUACCAAUCAACCACACAGGCUGAGACUGCAUCUGGGAACGAGUCCCGCCGCACGCCCUCAGUGACAGACUCUGCAGCAGAGUAUUUUGAUGCGAGUGACGACGUCCUGAAUGGGAGCUCCUCUGAGUCUGACGAGUCUGGUCUGAGCGACAGGACCACCAGCAACUCUGAACCUGAGGAGGGCCAUGCUUCGGCCACUCGUGAGUACCGUGCCAGCAUCUCUAAGGCUCCCAACAGUGUUGUGCCCAUGAACACUGGCCGCCGUACCACUCUGCCUGCCCACUGCCCAGAGAAUGCCCAUGUGGGCCUGAUGCAGAUCCUCUACAACAAUAUAGGCAAGGACCUGUCCCGUGUCUCCAUGCCUGCUGCUCUCAACGAGCCUAUCAACCUGAUACAAAGACUGUGUGAGGAGCUGGAGUACUCCGAGCUGCUGGACAUUGCCAACAACACACAGGACCCCUACCAGAGGAUGGUCUACAUUGGUGCCUUUGCCAUCUCUGGUUAUGCUACAGCUCACUACCGCAACCGCUACAAGCCCUUUAAUCCACUCCUGGGGGAGACCUAUGAAUGUCUGAGAGAGGAUAAGGGCUUCCGCUACAUCAGUGAGCAGGUCUGCCACCAUCCCCCCAUCUCUGCAUGUCACGCUGACUCAGAUAACUUCUCCUUGUGGCAGGACCAGCGAUGGAAGAAUAAGUUCUGGGGAAAGUCACUGGAGAUCAUGCCAACAGGGAUCGUGAACGUCACUCUCCCAAGGUUCGGGGACCACUAUGAGUGGAACAAAGUAGUGACCUGUGUCCAUAAUGUCCUGAGCCAGCAACGCUACCUGGAGCACUAUGGGGAGGUUAUCAUCCGUAACCUCAACAGCAACGCGUGCACUUGUAAGAUCACCUUUGUCAAGUCCCGCUAUUGGGGGUCGGACACCAUCAAGAACGAGGUGCAGGGCACCGUGCUGGACCGGACUGGGAGUGUUAUCCACCGGUUCGGCGGGUUGUGGCAUGAGGGCAUCUUCUGUGACACUUUUCCCACUCCGCAGUGUAUCUGGAAGCCAAAUCCCCAGCCCAAGGACUACUACCUGUAUUACGGCUUUUCCAACUUCGCACUGGAGCUGAACGAGCUCACCCCAGGCUUGAAGCCUCUUCUGCCCCCCACAGACUCACGCCUUCGCCCUGACCAGAGGAUGCUGGAGGAUGGGAGGGUGGAUGAUUGUGAUAAGUUUAAAGAAGAAGUGGAGGACAUGCAGAGGGAGCAGAGGAAACAACUGGCCAAGAAAGGACAAGAGCACAAGCCACGCUUCUUCAAGAAAGCCGUGGAUUCCUCUGGGAGGGAUGUGUGGCUGACCAACGGAACCUAUUGGAAAUUCAGAGAGAACCCUGGGUUUGCUAACACAAACAACCUGGAACUAUGGUGAAGAAACGCACAGGGGACAUUUGGUGGCCUGCGAGAAUCAAAUGACAAAAUGACCCAAGUCUGUAUUGAAACCCAGAGGAUACGUGGUGGGAAUUGAUGAAGGCUUGGAUGAACUGUCCUGAGAAGCCCACCUUCUAUCAUCACCAUCUUAUAUGCACUCCCAAGACAAAGAAAACUUCCAGGAAAGUCUGGAAACUACUUGAAUCCACUGAACAGUCAACAGUGAACAGUCAAGUUGAAAAUAGUUCCCAGAAUCCCCUGAAAGUGUAGCAUCACCAGAGAAGGAUAAAGAGAGACUUUGUUAAUUUUUCUAAUGCAUUUCUACUGGUACUUGUAUUGUCCAUUGCAAUGUAGUUACGAUCAUUCCCUAUUGUUUGUGUACAUUUAUGUUCCUCUAUCAAGAUGCAUGUUCUGUCCAGAGCAGUGUUUCCCAACUCCUGUACUCGAAUACCCCAAAAAUACACAUUUCUGUUGUAGCCCUGGAAAAGCACACCUGACUCAACUUGUCAACUAAUCAGCAAAGCCCUCAAUGAGUUGAAUCAGAUGAGUUAGUCCGGGGCAACAACAAAAAUGUGUGCUGUUGGGGGGUACUGGAGGACUCGAGUUGAGAAACACUGUCUAGAGCAGGGGUAUUCAACUCUUGCCCUACGAGGUCCGGAGCGAGCUGGUUUUCUGUUCUACCUGAUCAUUAAUUGCAACCACUUAGUGUGUCAGGUCUAAAUCAGUCCCUGAUUAGAGGGGAUCAAUGAAAACAAUCAGUGGGACUGGCUUCGCGGUCCAGAGUUUGAGUUUGAGCGGCCUCGAGGGGUGGAAGUGUGAGGUUCAUUUGCUCAGGUCAAGAAAACAUUUACUGUGGACUAAUAUUCAUAGAUUGUAUAUUUUGAAAUGUGUAUUUUAUACUCUCUGGGCUGAAUCCUAACUAGAUGUUUGUCUUUCAUCACUCAACACUUUCACAUAAAUCUCCCAAAGAAAUCUAUGCAUGAUUCUUAGUUAUGUGAGUGGAUCUUAAGUUAAGAUACGACCCUUUAUGAAUGAUUGUUGAAUCAUAUUUAUUUCAGUGGCACUAGUGUAUUAAAUACCUCUCUCUCUUUUACAAGAGUUAAUUUUAGUAAGUCAAAACCAUUUGACAUGGGAAUAUAACCUAUAACUUGUCAUCUAGCUUGCAUGAAUUGUGCUUUUGAUUUGUGAUUUUAGUUAACACUAAUAAUGCUAUUGUGAUGAUUAAAGAUAUUUCUCAUGAAAGGGGUUACCAAGUCGAAACUGGUUGAGUGGGAACUGAAUGUACUGCACUCAUCAUAAUUAAUCUGCUUUAUGGUACCUUUGAUAAUGGUGAAUUAUGAGUAUAAUCAAAUUAUGAUCAAACUAGACUUAAUAUCAACAUGUGUAAUAUACAGUACAAUGGAUAUAUGGCUAUUAUUCAAUAGUUUGUAUUUACAUUCCACGAGAUACCAAACCAAACAGUUGUGAUUUAAGAUAGUUAAACUUUAAUUCAUGAAUAAAAAACAACAGUACAAUACACACGUAAGCCACCUUUAAUAAAUAACAUUUUUCCCCCCUCUG